UGAUAAUAAACUACAUUUUUUACGACUCGCGUGCUUGGCCACGUUAAGUGUCUUAUAAAUUGGAACAUAAACUCUCUGUGCUAAGUCGAAGCGUUCCCAACGGAACAAAAUUAAACAGAACCCAAAAACUUGGAAAAAAAAACUCCGCAGACGCUCCGAUAUGUUAAGUUCCGGUGAAACACUGGCAAAGAUUCCUGCUGCUGACGAUGCGAAUCAAUUAACGCAUCCUCACGCACCUCAGGAUUUUACCGUCUCCCGUUUACUGUCAACGCCAACGCAGAAUCUGGGAUGCAACGAUUCACCUAAUUCUGGUGGCCGAAGGCCCCGAAGAAGUCGCACUACGUUCUCCGCUCAACAGUUGGCAGCUUUAGAAAGAGUCUUCGAACGGACGCAUUAUCCGGAUGCCUUUGUCAGAGAAGAACUCGCGACGAGGGUGUCGUUGUCCGAGGCAAGAGUUCAGGUUUGGUUUCAAAAUCGAAGAGCUAAAUUCCGGCGAAACGAAAGAAGUUCAGCGAUAAAUCGGGGAGUCGUUACGAACCGGGAAAUGGAAACUAUGCUGCCUUUGCGGCCGAUAAGAAUCACCCAUUCUCACGACAGCAGCGUAGACACAAUCAGCCAGUCUCCGCAAGUGCCUCAGUAUCCUUACACCGAAUACUGGAGAUCCCCGCAAACUUACACGAACAUUCAACCGUCGACGAGCUGCCAUGGAUUUGCCAACGCCAAUUUAGGGGCGCCUUAUCAUCAAGCGGAAUCACACGCCGCCCUCGACACAUCCUCGAUAAACACUUUGAACGCCCUCAGAUUGAGAGCACAUACUUAUGGAACACCUUACUCCGGCAUGCACGCUAGUAUGUGAUAGAAGGUUUCGUUUAUAUUCAUGUAAAAGGUAGUAUGUGUAAUAUACCCGCGAAAUGACUUGUUGGUUUCAAAAUUUAUGUGCACGAAUCGACGAAUGGCCCAAGAUUGAAUCGGUAUCAUUCCGCGUUCAGAAUUUUAUCAACGUUCAUGACUGAACGAAAUUUGAUUUAAGUCCUGAAGAUGGCUACGCGGUUUUUUCUAAGCAAUUAAACCACUAAUCAACUGCUUGUGAUGUAUACACAUUACGCAGUAUGCACAUAGAUGCUAGACAAAAAGUUUGACGAUCAGAGUAAUUCGCAGUGAUUUCCGCACUCGGCUUGCGGCAAAAGUAGUUGCUAAAAUCAUCACUGUGACAGAGCGCCAACUUUCAAGCCAAUCGUUGGUAUUAUUUCGUAGAUCAUCGAUCGAGCCUUAAUGCACAAAUGGUAUAUAAGUUGCAUAUAAUAAGGCGCAAGUUCAUUUUUGUAACAAGUACAUCAUUAUUUCUCAAUAAUAGUUUUGAAGCCCA